AUGGCGAGCAAGAGUUUGUUGUAUCCUAUACAAUGGCAUCUUGGAGGAUAUCAAGAAGCGGCGACAAGAACAUAUGGUACUAUGGCCUCUGAGAGGGAAGACUUUAGCCUCUCAGGACCAUUACACCUAACUAUUGUCGACUGGUCAAAUGCACAUCAUCGAAGAUCUGUUGCUGCCAGUUUGGUUCAGGGUGUCUACAUUCUAGAGCGGGACCGCCAGCUGAAACGUCAAGGUCCCCAAGCUCUUGCUCCUCCCUGGUGGGAGUUCUUUCACUUUCAGCUGUUUCGUCACCUUGUAGAUGAUGUGGAUUCCUCCAUUUUUGGUGCCAUUUAUGAAUUCAAGCCUCCAGAAUCUCAUUAUCACAAUUCGGUAGAUGAAAGCCCUCGUUAUGUAAUUGCCUUCCGUGGCACCAUAACCAAGCCAGACUCCAUGUCACGGGACCUAGAGUUGGACAUCCACAUUCUCCGAAACGGACUUCAUGAGACAUCUCGAUUUGAGACUGCUAUCCAAGCAGUCCGAAAUGUGGUUGCUACUGUAGGUGAAUCAAAUGUCUGGUUAGCUGGCCAUUCCCUGGGAGCAGCAAUGGCAUUGCUUGCUGGAAAGACCAUGGCAAAGACCGGCAUCUUUCUACAAACUUUUCUCUUUAAUUCACCAUUCUUCUCUGCUCCGAUUGAGAGGAUCAAAGAUAAGCGAGUGAAACAUGGGCUCCGGAUUGCUAGCAGUGUGAUAACAGCAGGGCUUGCAUUUGCUACAAAGAAGAGCAAUCAAAAUAGUCCAUCUGUCGAUCAAUUUGCUGCUCUUUCUGCAUGGAUCCCGUAUCUUUUUGUCAAUCCAGGUGAUCACUUAUGCUCAGAAUAUGUUGGGUAUUUUGAGCACAGGAAGAAGAUGGAUGAUAUUGGAAUUGGAGCCAUUGAGAGAUUAGCAACGCAGAAUUCACUUGGCGGUCUUCUCAUGAGUGCUAUGGGCAGGGAGUCGGAACCAGUCCACCUCAUCCCUUCAGCUAAUGUAAUCGUAAAUUUAACUCCUUGUCAGGAUUUUAGGGAAGCCCAUGGAAUUCACCAGUGGUGGAGACCUGAUUUGGACAUAAAAUCGAAGCUUUACAUGUACAAAUAG